AUGUGGACGCCCGCUGGGUGCGGGCACUGGGGCCUGCUGGUGGUCGCGCCCGCCAUGCGUCGCAAGGGCAUCGCUUGUGCGCUGGUGCACGCGGCAGAGGAGCGGCUGCGGGCUGGCGGCUGCAACGCGGUUCAGAUCGAGUACGAAUGGGCGCCUGGCUACGCGCAUGGGCAAGUGCUUGAGGCCUGGUACGAAGGUCGGCUCCGAUUCGAGCGUAUCUCCGGCGCUUUCACGAGCCGUCUCUUUGGCCUGGUCAUCGGCCACCACUCAAAGACCGAGUUCAGGCGGUGCCGAAAGAGCCUGUCUUCAGGUGGCGGCGCCACCGCUAGGACCGCGAGCACAUCUGAUGUCGCACUGCCGACCGCGGGUGUUGCCGUCUUGGUGAUAGCGAUCACAGCAGUCGCCGUCGCCUUUAGCUAUAGCUUGCUGGGCGAGUGA